UAAGAUGUUCCAUCGUUAUGACGGCCCCUGGCGCGCCACGUUUUGAAAGCCCUAGUAAACUAUACAAUAUGCUGAGAGAGCAAGCAAAUGCGCGCGAAAAACCAUAGGAGGAGGUUGGUGUGAGGAUAUCUGACCUAAAAUAUAGUCAUUAUUGUAAUGUGAUCAUUAAACGUACGUGAAAGAAAAAGGUGCUUAGCGAAUUGCAGUUAAUUAUAGACACUGAACUGAAAUUAAGGAAGACAAAGAAGUGGCAAGAGAUGGUUGUAAUGCGUAGUGAUGAAAUGAUUACUAAGUCUGUUUUGAUAAGCUUAUUAAGCAUAAAAUGUAAGUUCUGAAUUUUUUAAGAAGCAAAGAAUGUUUCGCCCUCUUUGCACCAUGCUAUUGAUAGGAUUGCUUUCCUCAAAUCAUAAAGAAAUGGGAUUUAUGUAUUGCGACGAUGUUUGUACUGUUAGAAACGGCAAGGAAUUUAUUUUGGUUCUCACUCCAGAAGAAGUGUUGCGACUAUGAAGUGAUGAGCCCUGUACUUAUUGGAAAGAAUUACUUGCCACUCCAGCAACAAAAGAUGCUUUUUCCCACAUGCAGCUGUGCAUUGAUACCUAAAUUCUUCAAGCGUUUUGUGGUUUGGAGGGACAAGCACAUAACGAGAUCUGGGAUUCGUGAAGUGGAGAACAAUUGAUUGAUGAUUACCUUGUUAAGAGAAGCCUUGGAAACAUUUUAUGGUUUGUUGGAGAAAGUUAAGAUAUACGCUAUUUGUUUUCUGUAUUUAUUAUUUUACCUGAGUAGAAAUGAUUAAAUUAUUUAAUGAUAAUUUUUGUUCAUUAAGAAAUCAGCACAUCAUUGAUUUGUUGAAUUUUCUCAAUCAAAUUUGUUUAAAACUAAUUUAUUGUACAUAUUCCAUAAAAUGUAUUCAGUGUAAAUAUUCUAGCCAAAUCUAUGAAUUAAAAAAUGCUGUAAUGG